AUGCAAGCGCCCCUUGGCUUUUUCCUCAUUUCCCUUAUCUCCCUCCAACGUUCCUUCUCAGCCUCCUGUCCUCCACACAACCCUUCCCUCUGGCUUCUUUCCUUCAGCUGUCGUCUAGUUUGGGCAGCCUUCCUGAUCAUUUCUGCAGGCACCGCAGACUCCACAGUGCUGGCAUCUAAUCUUCAUCUUCCUCGAGAUUCUUCUGGUUUCCCUGGCUGGUUCCACCAUCGCCAUUUUAAAGCAGCCCCGUCACACCAAGGACUCCACCCAACCAGCUUCCAGGUCCUGGCGAUCCCACCCCCUUACCUGCUCCCAGCACUCCUCUGGCUGAGGCCUUCCUUUCUCAGGCGCUCUAACUGUACUCCCUCCAGCUGCAACCCCACAGCCCCCUGCCAAGUCAUCUCCUCUGAUCAGGGCAUUAUUCUCCAACUGAACCUCUUCCAUGGCUCACAGAUCUGUAGAGAUUAG